AUGAUUACUGAACAUGAAUGCCCUACAUGUGAGGGUGCGAAUAACUUCAGUUUCAAUGCUUGUCAUCAGCUUCAAUUCCAAAGUAAUAAUGAAUCAUCAGUAAAAUUUCUUAAAGUGUGUAACCCUCAUUUUUGUGUGGCUGAACUAGAAGAAUCCUGUCCACCAUUGUCGAUAGCAUCUUCCCGGGGGAGAAGAUCCUCUGAGGAGUCUUCAGCAACGACAUUGAGGAAGUACUAUGAUGGAACUGCCUCCACAACUCCAACCUCGUUGGCCUCACCAACUGUGCCUUUUGAUGCAUUAAAGGCCACCGAUAAGUACGUUUCAAAAGUCCUGGUUCGACUGCAGUCGAAGACUCCUCAACCAAAAUUCCCAGAAAGGCAAGCAUCUACCGACUUCGAUACCGACUCUGGUACAAGUUCCGCUACUGAAUCGCUGAGUGAUGCAGAUACUUAUUUGGCUUGGCCUGCGCGAUUAAUUUCUGAUAACCAACUUGAGGUGUAUGGUGGCAGUCCCAGCAUUCGAGUAGAUUGCAUUAAAACUGAAUCCAUUCCACCGCCACCACUCUCAGAAUUCCACGUGGUCUUGCCUUCGGCGUGUCCUAGCCCACCAGAGUUGCCCUUCACAACCCCGUCAGAGUUUUCCUCUUUAAAACAAACAGCAUACUUCAAAAGGAAUGAAAAGGAAAAGGCAAAAUCAGUUCACUUAGGGUGUUCUGCGCACGAAUAUUGUGAAAACUCUAGACUUAAUAAGUCCGAGUCGCCUAAUGUUGAAGUUGAACCCUUCUCCACACCGUCACCGAAAUCUAAGUCCUGUUCACAAGCAAGCAGCCUGGAAUUACCCCCAUCAAUAUUCGCGGAAGGUGCUUAUCCCCCGUCGGUGAAGGGACAUGUUAAAAGAUUUGUUUCAAUGCUUGAGGUUAAAAUUUCUAGUUCUGACUCGCGGACUAGAAGAAGUGAAAGCACAGGCACUGGUUACUCCAAAUUCUCUCUUGCAAGGCGUAUGAACGCCUUUGCGGUGACAAGUAAAAUUCGAUUUUACAGCAGCCGAUGUGAGCUCAUAAGCCCGCUAAAUGAUUCCGGCUCGCAAACAAUUAACCACAGUGGAAGCAACUCGAUUAAAUCGCACGGCCAGACGACAGCACUGUCAGUUGAAGGGAAGCCACAGAAAAGCACCAGUCAAAAAGCUUGUGCCUUGAUCUCUGAAUUGAUUACGCCUGAGAACAAGAAAGUGGAACGAAACGGAACUCCUGACAGAAACGAUAGUAACGGGACACCAACACUGGGUCAAUCCAUGCGGCUGCGAAGAAUGCGCCCUCAGCAGGAAUUAACGGAAAUUCGCACAGUCAAAAGUUCACAGGGAUUUGAUCGUCAUCCCGUCACUGCCGAUAGUGGGAACUGUGGUGUUAUAAAUCCCGUCUGUACCGAUCGAAUAUCAAAAGCCGGUCACAAGAUCUUACUGCAAAGUCCUGACUCCCGUUGUUCGAAGCAAAGUGUAAAAGUCAACCUCCAAAGUGGAUCAGCCUGUUCGCAAAUUCCAGUUUCUUUACUAAAACUUGGAACUCAGAAAACAGAUAAUACUGUUCGUAGUUUCGCGCAGCUGUAUAUUGUAGACACCGAACCAGAAGUCUUUAACAAAGUUAGAAGUCCUACAACAAUGGAGCAUAAUGGUCAUCUACCAAAACUUAUUUCUCGUCCUCUAUCACCAAAGGUAUUAGAACCUCAUGAAAUCUCAUUUGGAGAAAAGUCAGGUUCAGGAAAACUCCUGCGCAGUCAAAAUAGCCCUCCUAUCUUACAUGCUUCGACUCCAGCGACACAGAUGUCGCUUGUUAACAAUGCUCAACCUUCCAAAAUUUCAAAAGAAUCGGCGAUGCCACAGGGUAAACAAUCCCUGCCCCCAACCCAAUGCUCUAUCAAUUAUUUAAGUCAAAAUCUGCCAGUUGUGAACCCAGCUCCAAGGACUCAUGACGACCUACAAUUACACAGAGAAGAGGUGCGAGAGCACAGAAUUCUUUUUCAGAAAGACACUCAUUCACCAGCACCGUUGAUUAAUGAAAGACUAGCUGAGCCCGCCAUCUCGGCCGCGGAUGUCUGGUCAGCAAGGAAUAACCGCAGUCUUCUUUUUAACUCACGACAUUCUUCUGAAAAUGUGAGUCCUGUCAAAACCGAACAGCAUCUCCUGAUAAAUAAGUUCCUAGGUAUUGGCAAUUCCCCCUUAGGUGAUUUUUCUUCAUCGGCCAUCGAAUAUCGGUUGCUAGACGUACCUCCGAAGGUGGCAGGAGGCACCUCUGUACGACUCGCACUCCCACUUGCAGGAUUACAUGGCCAGUUAUCAUCUAAGGAAGACGAAACACCCUUUACCCUCGCACAAGACUGUGCUUCUAGUCCAAAUCAAAUGACAAAAAUGCUUGUUGGGAGUCUACAGCUAGUUCGUGAAGUACACGGGACUCUUCCUCUCGAAAUAGCUGGCCUCUCGCUGCUGCCCACCUGGCAUGGUGACGGGGAUGGUAUUCUCUCAACAUAUCAGUUACCUCCUAGGCGGUACAGUCUACGUGUCAGCGGAGGAAGGGCAAGCAGACUGCAAAACUCGAAAAACCUUUUCCAAACAAGCUAUGAGAAACCUAUCCCAACGCCCGACGUGCAAACUACCUCCUUAUCAAAUGCUCCACAACGCGAUAGUAGUCCGGUAAGAGCAACUGUAGGUGUGGCCAAGGGUGCAGUUUCGGAAAACAGAUGCAGGUGGACGGCUAUUCCGAAUAUGAGGCGCGGAAGUCACGUUUUUAUGUCUGAUCUGUGGCCCGAAAUUAUUCAGAGGAGAGAUCGCGAGGGAAAUUCCGCUUCCUCUCUACAAGGCUAUAGCUGCAAACUCUUUUCUUUGGAAUCCGAAAAACAAGAGGGCUCCGAAAGAUUGCCAGGUCUCAAAGCCACUGGAAGUCUGCCUGCUAUGCAACGACAGUUUAUGUUGGAGACCACCGCAAUAGUUGACUCCACACUGACUCCGGAGAUAACCGAAAGGUACGAAAAAGAAGCAAAUUGUAUGCAUGAUCACCGUUUUGUCCGUAUUGAUGAUCAGCCCAGAGUUGACGCAGUCGGUGGCAAAGAGGUUCAUACUCCUUUGCAUGUCCUCUUCCGUCGCAGUGUUGAGUGCAAAGUCGUCCGCGAAAAGCAGGUCGUGGACUGUAGUCAUAAACGCACGCAUUGGGGCCUGUACGCUCUAGCUAUUGAGAAAGUGAUCGUGGAUCCUGUAGGCGAGGUACCAUCACUGAUUACGUAA